AUGACGUCCGUAAUAACACCACCGGCGCUGUCCUUCAAGCGCAAGGCCAUCACCGAAACUGCUUCCCCCGCCCAUGGGUGCCUUCUUGUCUACCCGAUGAACAAGAAGUCGAAGCAGCGCGUUGCCGUGGGAGACAGCACGGGCCUCUUCAAGGCCUUCUCCGUGGGCAAGCGUCUGGAGCCGGUGGUUGUCUUUGAGACCCUGGAGACAGUCGCGCAGGCAGGCGAGGGCGGUGUGGAAAAGGAGAAGAAGGCUAUCACUGCCGCCACGCUCUUCUCGGAGCAGCUCUUCUACAUCCAGGGCAGCGUUAUUCAUGCAUACUCGCGCAAGGGCAAGCCCUUCUUUACUGUGGACACAAAUGUUACGGAGAAGGUGCACUCGUUGGCCAUCGAAACGCCCUUCAUCUUCUUAGCGGGAGACUUCAUGGUCACCACGAUGAGUGAGACGAAGGAGGUCGGUUUUUUCUUGUCUCCUGAUCGCGUGAACGACAUGUGCGUGUACGCCGUCCCCAGCGCCACAGUGCGUGACGGCGAGCGCCAACUAGGCGACUACGUGAGUUGCCUGGCGUGUAACGAUCGCGUUCUGCGGUUGGUGCAGGCAAACAGGCUGGUGGAGGAGAUCAGCUGCGAGGCUGCCCUCACUACUGUCAUUUACCACAACCUUUCGCGGCUGCUGUUCUACGGAACGCAGUCGGGCACCAUAGGCGUCAUGGCGGUGAUGGAGAGCGGAGGGCUGCGCAGGGUAGACGCCCCCAUGCUAAAAGGUCUCGGUGGCACCAUUACCAGCCUCGGUUUGGCGGAUGUGAACGCGGAUGGGCAGGAUGAACUCCUUGUCGGGUAUGACGACGGCACUGUGUGCGUCUUAAUCGUGCAACCGAGUGGCUCCUUGAGCUCCACCGGCGUGAGCACCGUGCAGCUCACCCCAGUAUGGGCAGGGGGUGUCGGGGAACGGGUGAUGAGCAUUGCUGGCGGCAUCAUCACACAGACGGCAGCGCAGCCAGACGUCCUUGUGCACACGUUCAGUGGGCAGGUGAUCGCCUUCACUCUGGAUACUGAUGAACCCAGGGAGAAUGCCCAGGCAGCCGCGGCGGACGCAGCGGUGAAGCAGGCAACGCUCAUAGCGAAGCAGCAGGAUACCCAAGGCGAAAUCGAGCAGCUGCGGGCACUCGUUGCGCAGCGCACCAGAGAGCUGAGUGAGGCCCCGGUGCUGCGGGAGGUGGGGGAUGCACCCGUGCUGACGGUGAGGGCCCGCUUCAAAAUGUCUGUCAUCCUCACGCCGGUGGAAGGGACACCGAUGCUGUCGCUGGUGGUGUCCGCCGAUGCCCCGCUGUACGGCAUGCUUCUCCAGUGCAACGCAGCGCUGACCUUUGUGUCCACUGAGAGUGCCACGGUGAAGACGCGGGCUGCGGGCGGCGGGGCAGCGUCGACGUCGCCAUCCUCGCUGAGCUCCACCUCGACGGUAGGGCCGUCGACCACCAUUGCCACUAUCACACCUGCGCAGCGAGGCAGCAAGCGUCUUGAAGUACACAUGUGGGUGGACGAGGGUGUGGCCGACACCCUCCGCGCCACUGUCUACAGCGCUCAGGCUCCACGAACAGCGCAGAUCAAGUACAUUCCCCUCUGCGCCCUUCCCCUGUACGAGCGUGUGCCGAGUGGAGAGGCUUCGCUGUUGUCAAGCGAGGUGGUGCAGUCCAUGUCGCGCCUGAUCAUUCUGGGGGCUUUCCAAGGGCAGGAUGCUCUAAUAUGGCUGGGGCAGCUUGUGCCCAGCAUGGCGGACGUUCCGCGCUGCGUAGAGGACCACCAGCGCUUUGUUUUCACGAGCCGCUUCUUGGGGUCGCUGCUGACAGUUGACAUCGAGGAUGACCAGGAUAGUGACAGUUGUAGCCGCGUCAUCUUUGGCUGCAACUCUCUCGUCACGCUCGCCACCAUUAAGCGGCACAUUGUACAGGCGUGUGCGGAGCGCAGCCUCAGCAUCAGCACGCGUGAACACAUUCUCUGCCAAACGGUUCUCCAUCAGCUGCGGCAGCUGUACCCACUCAUGUCGAGCCUGUCAAGUAGCCAACGGCGCUGGAAACUUCUACAGGGACUGCGUGAGCUGCAGGGGGCCGAGGGCAAUCUGAGCUUCCUUCCUCAGUCCUUCCAGGAGGUGUUGGCGUCCGCGGAGGAGGUGCAGGCAGAGGCGGAAGCGGAGGCACAGCAGGAGGGAUACCUAAAGCGGUCCGUCACCGCCCUAUACCGCAGCUUUGUGUACUUCAAGGGCCACGCGCCUCUCUUCGGCGAGACAAUUCGCGUGCAGCUCGAGGCGGCAUCGUGUGGCUUGGGCUUCAACCCCGCCGUGCUCGAGAAGAUUAUGUAUCCAGGUGAUACAACGCUGCAGGAGGCGGCAGCUGUAGAGGUGGCCGCCAUGUCCACGACUGUACUUGCCUCCAUCAAAACAGCUACACUUGCGGCGCCGACCGCCACGACGAUCGCUGCUGUCGCCGGCGACGUUGACGCGGAAUGCCCGACGCUGGACAACUCCUCGAAGGUUCCGAGCCAUAUCGUAUCUUCGCCAUCCAUGAGUGACGGCGAGACCUGA